CAGAAGUUAAAGGGGUUAAAAGUGUUUUUAAAGGGAUGGAACUGAGACGUUUUUGGAGACAUGGAAGCUCAAUAUGAACAGGCUGUUAAACAGAUUGAGCAGGUUGAUAUGAAGAAUGAGGAGAUUGAUCUGGAGGAAUUUGAAAUUCUGCAGAGACAAGAAGGAUUUCAGAAAAUGUGGGACAUAAUGAGGAAGAGAGAAGUGAUAUGGAAACAGAAGUCAAGAAGCAAUUGGGUACGUGUGGGAGAUGCAAACACGCGAUUCUUUCAUAGAGUUGCAAAUGGCAGAAAGGCCCAAAAUCAUAUCACAGGAUUAAUGUGUGAUGGAAGCUGGGUGGAAGAACCAACACAGGUAAAGAAGGAGGCGAGGAAUUAUUUUAGCAAGCUAUUUCAAGAAGACAAGUGGAGUAGACCAAAGCUGUAUGGGGUUAAUUUCAAGCAAAUUUCCACAGAGGAAAAUCAAUGGCUUGAACGACCAUUCUCCACCGAAGAAAUUGAGGAAGCAUUACGAAGUUGUGAAGGCUCAAAAGCUCCAGGCCCAGACGGUGAAAAUCAAUCUGCUUUUUUGGGAGGGCGUCAGUUAGCUGAUGGGGUUUUGGUGUUGAAUGAAGUGGUAGAGGAAGUAAAAAGAAAGAAACAGCAGGCUUUUGUUUUUAAAGCUGAUUUUGCGAAGGCAUAUGACUGUGUGAAUUGGUCAUUCUUGGAAUGGAUGAUGGAUAGAAUGGGUUUCGGAACCAAGUGGAGAAGGUGGAUCAUGGAAUGCUUAUCAACUUCUAGAAUUUCAGUUCUAAUUAAUGGCAGCCCGACGGAGGAGUUCAAGGUUGAAAAAGGAUUACGACAAGGUGAUCCAUUAUCUCCGUUUUUAUUCUUGAUGAUUGAGGAGGGUUUAAAUGGAUUGGUGCAAAAAGCAGUGACAGAGGGGCUGUUUCGAGGUGUAGAAAUUGGCAGGAGGGGGUUAGAGUGUUCUUUACUUCAAUUCGCAGAUGACACAAUUAUUAUGGGAAAAGCUGACAAAGAGAAUGUUUUUAUGGUUAAAACAAUCCUGCGAUGGUUCGAACUGAUGUCUGGUUUACGAAUUAAUUUCAGUAAGAGCAACAUUUAUGGCUACAAUGUGCCAGUAAGUUGGGUAGAAGGAUCAGCCGGCAUGUUACGUUGUGGUGUUGGGAAAUCUCCUUUCAUUUAUUUGGGAUUGCCCGUUGAUGGAAAUCCUGGGAGAAAGAAGUUAUGGGAGCCACUGAUAAAUAAAUUCCGAGCCAAACUCGCUGUCUGGAAAGCUGCUUCGUUAUCCUUUGGUGGCCGCCUCACUCUGCUCAACUCGAUAGGGGGGAGUUCUAUGAAUCUUAGAAAGAUGUUGGUGGAGCGGUUUAAGUGGGAAGUAGGGGAAGGGAAUCGAGUGAGCUUUUGGAAUGAACCAUGGGUAGGGAAUAAAACUUUAAGGGUUUUAUACCCAAGAUUGUACGAAUUGUCAACGAACAAGGAGUGUAAGAUUAGUGAUAUGGGGGUAUGGGAGGAAGAUAAAUGGCGCUGGAAAAUGGAAUGGAGGAGAGAGAGAAUAGGCAAAGAAAAGGAUGAGGAGGAGAAAUUAAGGGAAGGAUUGGAGAGGCUACAAUUAAAGAAGAGAGCGGAAGAUGGAUGGAGGUGGACUCAUGAUUCGGAGGGCAGAUACGGGGUGAAGAAUGCUUACGAUUUUUUAGCCCCAAUAGAGUGUGUUCUAGACAAGCAAUGGAGUAAGUUAAUUUGGUGUAAAUUAGUACCCUCUAAAGUGUCUUUCUUUGGGUGGAGAUUGAGCCUUGAUAGACUUCCAACUAAAUGGAAUAUUAGGAAGCGAGGAGUACCUUUGCAGGAAGAGGAAUUAAAAUGUGCUUUAUGUAAGGACAAGGUGGAGGAAGUUAAUCACUUGUUUAGUAUGUGUAAGGAAGUAUGGAUUUUUUGGGUUGAGGUGCUGCAGUGGUGGGGCAUGGUGACUGUUAUGCCUAAUAACGUGCUAAGUGCGGCAGACAUUUUUGUAAAUGAUUUGGGUAGGAUAAUAGGGAAGGAGAUGGGUGCUUAUAUCUUCCUUGUGGCUGCAUGGUAUUUAUGGUAUUGGAGAAAUGGUGAAGUGUUUAACAAUGGAAAUAACAUUAGAGGAAGAUUAAUGGAGAUGGUCCAAGCCAAAUCAUUUUUCUGGAUUAAGAAUAAGAUUCAUGGGUGUGUCUUUUCAUUCCAUGAAUGGAAGUUAAAACCAGUUGAAUGUGCUCUAUCAAUCAGAAAAUAUAAACAAAUGCAGAAAUUGUUCCAUAAACAGCAGAAAGGAAUGGGAACAACUUAAAGUCUGGAGAGGUACGUGGCUCUUCUCCUCAAUGUGAGGCAAAAGUAAGCACAGUUGUUAUAUGCAUGAUGAAUUAGUUACCCUGAACAUGUAUAGGGCUUGUUGAGUUGCUAAUUGCUCUGCAGCUGGUGGUGGAUGAUUUUAUAUUUUGUCAUUCUAUCAUGCUGGCAGAUGUUUCUUAUGUGUAAUGGGCAGGAGUACCCCUUGUACUCCAAUAUUAAUAAAUUCAUUUUGCUGAU